AUGGCGACAUCGAUAUUCAGCUUGCAAGGUGCUACUCUUGCAGCCGGGAUCGAAUCUGUGCUGAUUUCAAAAGUGUUGCCCGAUUACGUCGAUACCAAACAUCCCAAAAAUAUCAUCAAGUUAAUAACGCUUGUAUUUGCCAUCAACUAUGCCAUAUUAUUUGUAUAUUCCACCGUUAUAUAUCCUAACUUCAUAAGUCCCUUGAGAAAUUUUCCAAGGCCUAAGUGGUGGCUACCUCGGAUGAUCUACGCCCGGCUGGCCACCAAGACAACCCAGGCUGAGCUACUGCUGGAUAUAAUCCAAGAUGUACCUAACGACGGCAUCGUGGCGUUAAGAGAGAUAACUGAAAGCCGAUUACUAAUCACCGGGCCAUCAGUAUUGGCAGAUCUUCUGGUGCAUCACUCGUACGAAUUUGAGAAACCUCAGAAUAUGCGCAAGUUUCUCGGCAGCAUAUUAGGAAAUGGACUAGUUACUACAGAGGGAGAAGACCACAAGUUCCUUAGGAAGAAUAGUCUCAAUGCAUUCAGCUUCCGCCGCAUCAAAGACUUAUACCCUAUGAUCUGGAAGAAUUCUCUCGCAUUCACCGACGCGUUAGAAGAAAACGUGAGACAGCAGUGCUCCGAAGGUGGUGUGGCCACUGAGCCCCUGACCGGAAAGGCUGAGAUGUCUCGCUGGGCGAGUAAAGUCACUCUUAACAUCAUUGGCAUCGCCGGGCUAGGACGAGAUUUCGAUGCACUCAAUAACUCGGAUGACCCUCUGGUAGAAAGCUAUGAAACGAUCUUCAAUCCGAGCAAAGAGAUGCUAGUAUAUUUCGUCUUGUCGGCAUGGUUCUCGGUUCGGUUUGUCCGCAUGCUUCCUUGGAAGAUGAACCAAGCUUUCGAGCACGCUAGCUCAUCAUUACGGCGUAUCUGUAGCCAACUCGUUAGUGAUAAACGAGAGGCCAUACGGAAGAACGAGGGCGAGAAUGUCGAUAUCUUGUCACUGCUUAUCAAAUCCGAAAAUUUCUCAGAUACUGCUGUCUGCGAUCAGCUCCUCACGUAUUUAGCAGCAGGGCAUGAUACAUCAGCACUUUCCUUAACUUGGGCAAGUUAUUUAUUGGCCCUGGACCCAGAUCGACAAAGCAAGUUACGAACUGAAGUCCGUGGUGCUCUUGCAUCCGCCGAGAAGUCAGUAGAUGGGAAGUUAGACAUUUCGAGCACAUUAGAGCGUCUUCCGUUUCUAAAUGGAGUACUUAACGAAACGCUUCGUCUAUAUCCAAGCAUCCCAGUAACCAUUAGGAUCGCAGCGCGAGAUACAACUUUGGCCGGCAAGCCAAUUCCAAAGGGCACGGAAAUCCUAAUCUCGCCGUGGUUAAUGAACAGAUCCCGCACAUUCUGGGGACCGGAUGCGGCCGAGUUUAAACCUGAACGGUGGAUCGAGAAGGACGGACGCCCGAAUAACACAGGUGGCGCUACUAGCAACUAUGAGUUCCUUAGCUUUUUACACGGCCCGCGAGCUUGUAUUGGGCAAACUUUUGCACGGGCUGAACUAAGAUGUCUCCUAGCAGCGCUGAUCUCUCGGUUCGAGUGGAAAUUGGAUAUGGACGAGAAAGACGUCGUGGCAGGCGGCGCUAUCACUUUGGCUCCGGUGUACGGUUUACACGUAGAGCUUAAACUGGUCAAAGAUGAAUAA